AUCUUACACAGGACCUCAGCAUUUCUCCAGAGAAUUCUCUCACGUCCAGAGAAUAACCCCAGAACCAAGACAACAAAGAAAAAUCUCACAUGACCAAUAACACCACACCACAUACACAACAAUUGAACCGAACCGACCCGAACCACAAGCAUACCUACCUACCCAACCAAGUCGAUAGAAAGAAAGAAAAAAAGAAAAAUGCCCCUCCCCACGCUUCAAGAAUCCCUGGAAUCACUUUCCCCCACCACGUGGACCGACGUGCCCAGCACCGACCCCGCCGCCCUACGAGCCUACAUCACCGACCUCCGCACCAAAGCGCACCUGAUUGUCGAUUCCGUCCCGUUGCCUUCAGACGACGAUAUCCAAGCGCAGCAGGCCGCGUACGGCGGACAUCCGGCGAGUAAGGUGGUGAAGGCGAGCGGCGCAGUUCCUGUGCAUGAUCUGGUGGAUCAUGAUAACGGGAAUAAUGGUGAUAGCAGUAGCGGUAGCGGGAGUGGGAGUGGGAAUGGGAAGAGCAACAACAAUGGGAAAGGAAGCGGGGUCCAAGCACUUCGGAAACAAUGGAGCAAGCCGUUACGGGUGACCAAUUCCCGGGAUAACCCGUUGCAGAUUCCGAUAUAUAAGUUGCAGGGGGGAGAUGGGAAGGGACAUUGGUUUGGGAGGCGGAGCGUGCAUGAGGGGUUAGGGUUCGAGCGGUGGAGGGAGAAGUUGUCGGGUGAGAUGGGGGAGACGUUGAGGAGGAAUCAGGAACGGGUGAGGAAGGGGAAGAUGGUGCCGGGGUAUAUUCGGGGUAUGUAUGAGAGUGUGGAGUUUAUUCGGGAGAUACCUGUGGAGGGUAAGCCUGAGGGGGCGAUGAAUCCGGUUGAGUGGGUGAUGGUGACGAGGAGUGAUCCGGGGGGUAAUAUUCCCAGAUGGAUGGUGGAGAAGGGUACCCCCAAGAGUAUCUGUACGGAUGCUGUCAAGUUCUUGAAUUGGGCUUGUCGGGACGGGGAGAGGAAGAGGAGGUCCACGGACAGGUCGGUGGGCAGUCAUAGUCAGUAUGAUGAAGAGGAGGAUGCGUCCAGCAGUGAGGAGGACAGUGACGACGAGUCAUACACUGAAGUUGAACAUCACGGACUGAUUGCCAGCUUCGCAUACCUGGUGAACGCAGGUCUGGAGCGGUAUGCGCCGCAGACAGUGCUGGACUACCUACCGCAGCACUCGCGCCAGGUCUCUGCCCAGAGUGUUCCUGCCAGCAGCACGGAGCCAGAUGUCGAGGAGGCUAAGGAGCACGAAGACGAUGCAGUAUCGCACGACAAAGCGUCGAUAGCACCAUCAGCAAACUCGGGUGUCGAAUCAUCACUGGAAGCAGGCCCCGACGUAUCCGCGCUGGAGCUAAUGGCCAAGAACAAAAAGGGCAAGCUAACCUCGCACGAGAAGCAGCUGGCGAAGCUAGCAGAACGCAAACGCAACGUCGAAGCACAGCUGGAUAAAGUACGAGCCGACAUCCAAGCCCUCCGCGUGACCUCACCAGUCGAAGGUUCCAAGCGCGACAAGACGUCCACGACCGCUCUAGCAGCUACAAACGAGGGAGCCAGCAGUGAACCGCCAAGCAGCAGCCCAGCAAGCAGCGUGCACAAGGGCCAAACGUCAAGCAAGAGCCGUCAUGCCGAGAACCCGGACCACGAAACGGCGCAGAUGCACAAGGUUGCAUCGGGGCUGUUCCACGACGAGUCCAAGCUGCUGAAACAGCUCGGCAAGAUCGAGAAAGACCAGGUCAAGGAGGCAUCGAAGAUCGAGGCGCGGCAGCAGAAGCACGCAGACAAGCAGGAGAAGCAUCGCUCGCGGGCAGAGACAGAGGCGUUGCGCCGCGAGGUAGAGGUGCUCAAGAAGGAGGUGCAUCGACUGCGCGGAGAGCGCAAGCAAUGGCUGGAUUUGAUCGGGUCAUUGCAGAAUGAGAAUACGCGGUUGGCAGCGGCGCAGGGGGGCGGAAAUGACAAAGCAGAUAUUAGCAUGUAAUGUGAUUGUAUAUUAGCGUAGCGUUGUACAUGAUAAUCGAUUGAUUUUAUCCCAUCUUAUCCAUAUCCUAUCCUUAGUAUGUAAUGUAAUGCAUGAAACCUCCACGCCAACGCCAUUUACCCACCAUUGAACUCCAGUAGUAUGCAAAUACCUGCAUGACACAAACGCGACAGCACAGAUCCCACCAUCCAUCACCUAUCCCCUUCCACAAUAUCCCAUCAUCAUCAAACACUCAACUCCUUCAUAUCAUCUCAUAUCAUCUCACCCAAUCCUCAACCCCCACCACAAAUCACCCCAUAAGCAGUAGUACUGAAUUAUUCCUGCGUCUAAAAACCAAAUCAUCAGCUCUAUCCCCAAACCC